AUGUCAGGUGUGUACGACCGAGUUCCGAAGUCGGAACCCAGCCCAGCGAUUUCUGGCUUAGGUGUUCCAAUGGCCGUGUCUCAUGGCCUACCUGACAUCCCUUCAGCCCACCCAAUUUCCGGUUCUUCUCUCGAUCACUUGACUAUGGACAUGAAGAACCUUGUGAAAAAGAUCCAAGAUCUCAGUCACUUGGGGAUUGAGGACAGCAAGAUUAUGCUCCCAAAGAUAUGUGUCGUCGGCGACCAGAGCACCGGGAAAAGCUCCCUUAUCGAGGGUAUUUCCGAGAUCAAGGUGCCUAGAUCCGAAGGGACCUGCACUCGAUGCCCUCUCGAGAUCAACCUUUCUGAAAGCGACGAAAACUGGAAAUGCGUGAUCCAUUUAUCACGCCGCUACAUCUUCGAUCCGUCGAAGCGGAUGAAAAUGCCCAAGAAGUCAGAGCCGCUAGGACCAUGGAUUGCCCUUGGCGGGCAAGAUGAUGAGCAUUUCAUCACCUUGGACAAUAAACAGGAAGUGAAAGGGGCUAUUUUGUGUGCCCAACUCGCUAUCUUGAACCCCAGCACAGAUCCGCAGGAUUUUGUUCCCGGUUCUACCGACAUGGCACAGACACCUCAGGUUAAGUUUUCUCCGAAUGCCGUGCGCCUGGAUAUCUCCGGUUCUGGUCUUCCCAACCUGUCCUUCUACGAUCUGCCUGGAGUGAUUAGCCAGACAGAACAAGAUAAUGAACGUUAUCUUGUGAACCUGGUGGAAAAUCUUGUCAAAGAUUAUAUUUCUCAGGAGCAUUGCAUUGUACUUCUCACACUGCCCAUGACAGACGAUGCGACAAAUUCCAGUGCUGCUCGUCUCGUCCGGGACAUCAAGGGCGCAAAAGAACGUACCCUUGGGGUAUUGACCAAGCCGGAUCGUCGGCCCUCUGACGAGGCAUUUGGCCAGUGGCAUGAAAUAUUGGAUGGAACCAAGUUCAAGCUUGGUCACGGUUACUAUGUCAUUCGUAACAACCCCGAUCCCCUGGUCAGCCACGCCCAGGCUAGAAAGGAGGAAGAGAUGUUCUUCGGUUCUUCACUGUGGACACGGGAUCUCGCCGCAUUCGAAGACAGAUUUGGCACCAGGCAACUGCAAACGGCAUUGUCUGACCUUUUGAUGCGUCAGAUCUUAGGAUCUUUGCCAUCGAUCAUUGCCCAGAUUGAUGAAAAGUCAAAAGCCAUUGAUGAAGAACUCCAGACGUUGCCUAAUCCCCCUACUGAGGAUGUGCAGCGGAUACUUUGGGGCAAAACCUCGGAUCUUGAACGGAAGAUUCAUGAGCUGUUUGAUGGGACCCCCAGCAUCGAGCAUGGUUCUUCCCAGCGAAAGCCACUGCAAGAGCAGUGGAACAAGAUUGUUAUGGACCUCCAAACUGCACUUUCAAAGACACGCCCCAUCUUGGACGUUGCUGCGCAAAAGGACCACGAGGACUUGGCGGAAGUCGUUGAUUCCGACUGUGAGAUGAAGAUUGUGGGUGUCAAUACGUCAACCCCAAAGAAAAGAAAGUCGCCUCCGAGCGCUAGCUCUACAUCGGAGCCAGCAACUCCGAGAAGGACUGUGUACAGCACCUCCCACUUCGAACGAUCGAAGUCUACCCGAAUCAGUCUGCAACAGCUCACAGAGCUUAAGAUUCGCUCGAACACAGUUGGUGUGCCAAACCAGCUUGAUCCACGAGCGAUUGAAAAUUUGAAUAAAAGAAGUGUUGAACAUUGGGGGAAGCUCAUGGAAAUUUUCCUGAAGGCUACGCAUAGCCUUGUCCACGGCAUGUUGCGUGAAGCUCUCGAGGAAGAGUUUGCGCAAUAUCACCAGACCGGCUUGUAUCAGGAGCUCAGUAGAAUCUUGAAGGAGUUCAUGAGCAAGCUCCGCCAUGCUCAUCUGGAAAUUGCCAAGGACUAUUGCAAGUCCGAGCGCGAGAUACCGUUCACAAUGGCCCAGGGUCAACAUCAAGUUCUUAUGCAACAGGCUUCGAAAUCUUUGAGAGAUCGUCGAUUCAAUGCUCGUGCCAGUUGCUGGCUAAAGAUUCGUGGCAACGAUAUGAGUGAUGAAAAGAUUUCCGACAAGAUCAAGAAGAUCCACCCAGAGCAACUUGGUCCUGAUAGAUACUCUCAAGAAAUUGAGAUGAUGGCUAGCUCGCUGGCAUACUACGAUAUCGCAUCUUCUCGUUUCUUAGAUGUCUUGUGCCAGUCCACUCACAUGAAGUUGUUCCGGGCUUGCCGUGCAAGUCUUGUUAAUACCCUUCGUGACGACCUAGAAAUUUUCGGGGAUAACGGGCGUGCACGCUGCCUUGACCUCAUGACAGAAGACCCGGAGCGCCAGCAUCGCCGUGCUCAGUUACUGAAAGAGCGUGAAAAGUUUUCGAAAGCUCAAGAAUGGUUAGACUCUGUCCGAGAUUCGGACGUCGAGAUGGAAGACUCGGAUCAAACCGCUCUUGCGGACAUCAAAGAGGAUUGGUGA